ACUGCCGCUAGUCAUCUGCGAAAGUACUGAAAUGCUCAUCGUCGUGUUGGUCGCGUCGUGAUGCAGGACAAAGUGCAACUUUGUAGCCGUAGAUUGGUCGCGAACACGUAUACGGCAAUGGGUGCUCGCCGAUCGCGUUACGUUGCCUCUCUCGUUAUCGAGAGCGACGGGACGAGUUACCGUCGCUGAGCGACGAUAACGCGGUGCAACCUACCGAGUGGCGUCGCGAGCGAAAACCAAACAUGUCUUCGUACACGAGCGAACUGUCACGCUCUCAGGAAUAUCUGAGCUUCCGUGGUUCCGUGCCGCUCAGGAAAAUCGUCGUCGAUGUCGACGGCAUCAAGGGAUGGAAAGUGUACGAUUCGAAUCCAAAGACUAUCAAGUGCCCUGUUAUAUGCCUUCCACCCGUUUGCGGUACGGCUGACAUCUUCUUUAGGCAGAUACUAGGCCUCGCAGCCAAAGGUUAUCGAGUUAUAUCGGCAGAGCCACCCGUAUACUGGAAUAUAAAGGAAUGGUGCGACGGGUUUAAAAGACUGUUGGAUUAUCUGGAGCUUGAUAAAGUUCAUCUGUUUGGGGUUUCACUAGGUGGUUUCCUGGCGCAGAAGUUUACAGAGGUUAACGCACAUUGUCCCAGAGUGGUGUCUCUGAUUUUGUGCAACACUUUUACAGACACAUCUGUGUUCAGUUACAACGAUUCCGCAGCGGUCUUUUGGAUAUUGCCUUCGUUGGUAUUGAAAAAAAUGAUAAUGGGAAAUUUUGCUACGGAACAAGUCGAUGGGGAAAUUGUAGAAGCAAUUGAUUUUAUGGUGGAACGGCUGGAGAGUUUAACGCAGCCCGAAUUAGCCUCCCGCUUAACAAUGAAUUGCGUAAAUUCUUACGUACAACCUCAAAAAAUAUGCCACUUACCUGUUACGAUAAUAGACGUCUUUGACGAGUACGCUUUAUCAAAUGCAGUCAGAGAAGAGAUGUAUAAAUGCUAUCCGAAUGCAAAACUAGCGCACUUGAAAAGCGGUGGAAAUUUUCCAUACUUGAGUCGAUCCGCUGAGGUUAAUUUGCAUUUACAGAUCCACCUAAGACAGUUUGAAGACACGGAAUAUGCAGCUUCCGAAAAAAUCAAGACUUAACGAAAUGAGUUGCUAUUAGUUACGAAAAUGAAAUAUUUAUUGAACAAGGCUGGCCUCCAUUAAUUACGUGGAAAUAUUAAUAACGUUAACAAGUCGGCGUUUUAUCACGGCGAAUCUAUCAUUCCGCUGAUUGAUCUCUCAGUUCUCAAUUCUCGCUGAAUCUUGUUAUAUCUGUACAUAUAAUGUGAAUCAUGUGAUGUACGUAUACUGCUGUUAUUUGAUUUGUUACAAAUCACCAUGUUUAGUUUCUUAAAUAUAAAGAAGGAUUUAUAUUUUUCA